ACGCGCGGCGGGCGACAGCUGCAGCCACGGCAAACGCCUUACGGCAGCGGCCUAUUCCCGGCAAUCUUCGCGGCCGUCGUACUCCGCCAUACGUCAUGGCGCUGAUCGGCAACAGGCACGCGCCUGGGCGAGUCUCCGUAUCGUGCUCUUAACUCCGGUACAUGGCGCUAUCUUCGUGCUUGCUCUCGGCCACGGAGACCUCGGAGCUCGGAGCGCGGAGAACGGUGGCAGGAGUCGCGGAGAUGCCGAGGUGCAGAGGGAGCGGCCGACGCUGCCCGCGCAAUCAGCUGAUUGUUUCAGCGCUCACGGCUGGAGGGAUCGUCAUCGGGCUCAACACAAGUCAGCUGGCUGGGUUGUCACGGCCAGGGAACAAGAACGAGCCGCGGCUCGGUUGUCAUGUCGCUACGCAAGAUUGUCGCUGAUAUGAUAGUGGCACUUGCCCACUUCCGACCUCCGGAUCUCUAUCCCACACCCAGACUGCAUGGUGAGUACAUGAUGGAGUCUG